CCCGAUACUUUUCAUGAGAUUUGCGCCACCGUUGAUCUUCUUCCCUUACAAGACACUUCCCCCGCUUCUCCUUUUACGAGCAUUGUGUUCAACAUUAAUGUGAGUACCUUAGCUCACCGCGACAAAAACGACAAAUCAGCUUGCAUCUGUAUCACUGUGGGUAAUCCUCAGGGAGGUGAGCUAGGUUUAUACGAACCCAAGCUCUUGUUG